UAUAGUUUUUAUUUAAUUAUAAAUAAAAUUAAUAUUGAUGUAAUUGUAAUUUAUAUAUAAAAGAAUGUAUAUUCUUCAUUCUUUAUUUCUAACAAUAUUUCUUUUUAUUCAAAAGUUUACAUAUUAUGUUCACAGUGAAGAUAAUGUGGCAAUUAAUAAAGAUAAUGAAGAAGAAAACUCCAUACCAUCGCAAAUAACAGUAACAUCUUGGAAUGAUAUGCCUUUCUCAGGAAUUGUACAUAAAAAUGGAAAAUGGAUUGGUCAAGGAUAUGCAUUUUACAUUUUUGAUUUAAUUAGUUCGAAAUUGAAUUUCACAUAUACUAUUAUUCCACCAAAAGAACAUAUUUUGGGUAAUGAAAGUAGUGGUAUUCUUGGAUUACUCUACGAAAAAAAAGUAGAUAUAGCUGUUGCAUUUCUUCCUAUGUUACCGGAAAUGCGACGAUAUUGUUCGUUCAGUACUUUAUUAGAUGAAACAAAAUUAACUGCUGUAAUGAAGAGACCUCAGGAAUCGGCUACAAGUUCUGGCCUAUUGGCACCUUUUGAGAAAACUGUUUGGUUAUUAGUUUUAACAUCAUUAAUUUUUGUGGGACCAAUUAUCUAUCUUUUUGCUAAUAUGAGAGCAAAAUUAUGGCAUGAUCCGACUUCUGAAAAUUUCAGUUUGUCUUCUUGUUUCUGGUUUGUUUAUAGUUCACUUUUGAAACAAGGAACAAAUAUUAUUGCUAUAACAGAUUCAACGCGAAUGCUUUUUGCCACUUGGUGGAUUUUUAUACUGAUUUUGACAUCUUUUUAUACAGCAAAUCUUACAGCAUUUCUUACAAGACCUCAAUUUACACUAUCUAUUAGUUCUCUAGAAGACAUUGUUCACAAAGAAUAUAAUUGGAUCACUUACAAAGGACGCAUAGUUGAUUUUCUCCUUUCUCAAAAUCAGCAAAAUGACUUAAGUUUAUUGAACAUAAGCAAACAGCAAGGAAAAGGAAUUUUCAAAUAUUAUGAACCAUCAAGAUCUAUUUUAGAAUUAGUUAGUACAAAGAGACUUUUUUUAGAAGAGACCCAUUAUUUAGAAUCUUUAAUAUUCAAGGAUUAUGUGAAUAAGACUCGCGAUCAUUUAGAACAUAAUUUACGUUGUACAUAUGUUAUAAUGCCUGGUAAUAUUUUAGUAACUAGUCGUGCCUUUGGUUUUUCUCAUGGCUCUACUAUUGAAAAAUAUAUCAAUAAAAUGUUAUUAAGAUUAAGAGAAACCGGUAUUACACAAUUUAAAAAAAAAGAAGAUCUUCCAUUAGCUGAAAUUUGUCCAGUCGAUCUCCGUUCAACUGAAAGACAAUUGCGAAAUACCGAUCUUCUUUUGACAUACAAAGUUGUCAUAGGUGGAUACACAAUUGCUACAAUUAUUUUUUUAUUUGAAUUAAUUUACGCGUGUAUAUCUUACCGAUUACAAAAUAGUAAAAAAAAAAUAUGUCUUCCUUGUUACGUUCUAAAAGAAAAAAUACAAAAUCCUUUAAAUAACAAUUUUUCAAACGAAAAGUGUAUUAUUAUGUUAAAAAAAAGUCUACCAACAAUUUAUCAAAAUCAUAAAAAUGUUUUGAUACAAGGAAAACGACAAUUUAUCAAUGGAAGAAGUUAUUAUGUAAUAACUGAUCCAGUCGGUGAUCGAAAAUUAAUUCCUAUUAGAACUCCUUCUGCUUUUCUAUUUCAAUAUACAACUUGAUUAUAGAAUUAAAUAAUAUAAGAAUAUACAUUUAA